UGUGUUAGCAAGAAUACCAAUUUUGUAGGUUCUUUUUUCAAUAAUUAAAAUAUAUCUCUUGAGAAACCUAGCUAAAAUAACAAGUAUCUGCCAAGUCAUCCAGCCUAUUUGGCUAGACGGGAAGUGAACACCAAGGUCAGACUUCACAAUGCCUUUUAAAGCUAUCAGAUUGGCAGUGAUGAACCAGUAACAAGCUGGUUUUGUCUCCAGGUCUCCUGUGAUGGGGCUGGAAGCAAACAUGAGGCAAUUCUAUACUGCUUGGAAGGUGUCAAUCAUUGAAAACCUACACUUCCUUUUCUUCUUCUUUUUUUAAGUUUAUUUAUUUUGAGAGAGAGAGAGAUCAUGAGCAGGGGAGGGGCAGAGAAAGAGGGAGAGAGAGAAUCCAGAGCAGGCCCCACACUGUCAGUGCAGAGCCCAAUGCAGAGCUCAAUCUCACCCCGAGCCUAAACCAAGAGUGGAACACUUAACCGAAUGAGCCACCCAGGCGCCCCAUCUACACUUCCUUUUCACGCUACUGUAUGAAGACUGAAUAGUGCUUUUGCAACAUGUGUUUUUAAAAGGUCAGGUUUAUUGAGGUAUAGUUUACAUACAGUAAAAUUCACCUUUUGGAGUGCAGUUUUGACAAAUACAUAGUGAUGCAACCACCAGAGUUGAGAUACACAGUGUUUUCUUUUUCCUUUUUUUUUUUUAAGUUUUAUUUAUUUAUUUAGAGAGAGAGCAUGUGCAAGUGGGAGAGGGGCAGAAUCCCAAGCAGGCUCUGCACUGUCAAUGUGGAGCCCAAUGAGGGACUUGAACUCACGAACCCGUGAGAUCAUGACCUGAGCCAAAGUCAGACACUUAACCGACUGACACACCCAGUACCCCAGUAUACAGCAUUUUCAUCACCUCAGAAGGUUCCUGGUACCCCUUUCUGGUCGAUCCCUACCCCGUGAACCCAAACCCUGGUAACAAUUGAUCUGAUUUCUUUCCUCGAAGUUCACCUUUUCCAAAAUGUGGCCUUUUGUGUCUGGCUUCUUUCACUUAACAUGAUGUUUUUGAAAUUACCUAGGUAGUUGUACCACGGGCAUUUGAAAAAACGAUUACAGAAAAUUCCAAACAUAUAAAAAUAGUAUAAUAGAUCUCUAUGUGCCUGACACCAAAUGUAAACAUUUAUCAACUCGUGGACUGCUCCAUAAUUUCCUCUAUAAGCAUUUUGAUGUACCUGUAAAAAUUAAAGACUUUGUGUGUAUCUUAACGAUAAUACGAUAAUUCCACUUCAGGUAAAAUUUUUUGGCAAGACUAUUUUAAAGCAGAUCGUGAGUACUUCCUACCUCAGUGCAUUCGGAGGCACAGACUAUCUGAGGCUCCUGGAUUCUUAGCCCACAACAGCAGCAGUCGCCUGUCAUCCACUGAAGGAUCUGAAGGGGGUGGGGCCGUCUCGCGGUUGUAGCGAGACGCAUGCGCGGAGAGGAGCACCGGCUCGGCUGCCGUAGUUCGCCUUUCCACGUGGGCGCCUCGUCGUCAUGGCGGCCGUUCGGAAGCCAGUGCUACUCGGGCUUCGAGACACUGCAGUGCGUGGCCGCCCCACGGGGUCGGGCGCCUGGACCGCUAGCAAGCUGGGCGGCCUUCCGGACGCCUUGCCCUCCGUAGCAGCGCCGAGGCCAGUGUGUGAACGUUGCAGGCAGCCUCUUGCCCUGGUCGUACAGGUGUACUGCCCCUUGGAAGGCUCCCCGUUUCAUCGGCUACUGUACGUAUUCGCUUGUCCCCGCCCCAGGUGCAGCAUGGGCGGAGCGCGCAGCUGGAAGGUGUUCCGCUCCCAGUGCCUGCAGACUCGAGAGAAAGAGGCGCAGGACGCACAGGAAAAUGGCCUUGCAGCUGAGGAUUGGUGUGAAGGUGCAGAUGACUGGGGAAGUGACAGUGAGGAGGUGCCACCACCACAGCGCACCUUGGAUUUUGGAAAUGAUCCCCACAGCGCCAAAGACACAGACUGUACUGCUCAGCUCCGAGAUCUCCACCUGCAGGAUACUGUCCUGGGCGCUGCUCCUCCUGUUUCUCCCGGGGAAGAGAUGGCCCUGCCUUCCCUGGCGCCCCAGUUCCUGCCCUACUACAUGUGUGUUGUAGAUGAGGAUGACUACAGGGACUUUGUCAGUCUAGACCACGCUCAUAGCCUUCUGAGGGAUUAUCAACAGAAAGAAGGAAUGGAUAUGGAACAGUUGCUUUCCCAAAGUCUUCCUGGUGAUGGUGAUGAAAAAUAUGAGAAGACCACAAUUAAAAGCGGAGAUAAGAUAUUUUACAAGUUCAUGAAGAGAAUUGCUGCUUGUCAGGAGCAGAUUUUGAGGUACUCUUGGAGUGGCGAACCACUUUUUUUGACCUGCCCUACAUCAGAAAUCACUGAGCCCCCAGCCUGCAGCUACUGUGGAGUCCGAAGGAUAUUUGAGUUUCAGCUUAUGCCAGCACUGGUCAGCAUGCUCAGAAGCACUAAUUUAGGUCUUUCUGUGGAAUUUGGAACAAUUCUAAUUUAUACAUGUGAGAAGAGUUGCUGGCCUGAAAAUUGUCAGACUCCCAUGGAAGAACUUUGUAUUAUACAAGAAGACCCAGAUGAACCGUUAUUUAAGUAGAGAAUUUCCUUUUAUUUAUAUAAAUUAAAACAAAUUUUAAUGUCCA